GAACUUUUUGACUAUUGAAUGCGCUCAAAAACAAGUUUCCUUCUGCUUAUUAAACUUGGGAAUACCUUCACAUAUCACAUAACUUCACUUAUUAUACUUUUGACCUGCUUGCAUCGCAUUGCGAGCUCCAUCGGCUUUAUCAGCUGAAAAUCCUGCUUACCACUUACCAUUUACCAUAAAUACCAAAGCACAACAUAUCGGGGCUGAGAGGAACGUGAACAGAUCUGCUCAGCCACUCCUUCGUCAUCGUCUGUCCUACGGAAAAUAACCCUGAAAUACCACCAGAGGCAGCCUUUUUCUUUGACCAUUACGACGAUCAAAAUACACAUACAACUCUGCGAAGAAAGCUUCUAGUACCAAAUUCUAAUAUCUUUCACUGGGCAUUUUCUGGUUGCUUUGAAGUCAAGGUUGGGAGAUGUCCUUCAAGGGCUUUCAGAAGUCCCUGGUCAGAGUAAGUAGCAAUGGAGAUCACCAAGCGUGAGGGCGGGGUUUACGGCAACAUUUGACUGACUGGGUAACAGGCGCCUCAAACGUUCAAAGCCAAGUUCAAUUUAGGUGAACAAACGAAAGAUGCCGUCUAUAUUGAUGCGGAACGGCGAUUCCAGGAGCUGGAAAGCGAGACGAAAAAGCUGCACGAUGAGAGUAAGAAAUACUUCGAAGCUAUUAAUGGCAUGAUGAACCAUCAGAUCGAAUUUUCUAAAGCGAUCGCCGAAAUUUACAAACCAAUCUCUGGAAGGGUGUCGGAUCCGGAUUCCCUGGUUCAAGAAGGGAAUCCAGAGGGGAUCAGGGCGUGUGAAGAAUACGAAGAAAUUUGCAAGGACCUCUUGGCAACUUUACAACCAGAGUUAGAGAUGAUUGAGACCAGAGUUAUUCGACCUGCGGAUGAAUUAUUAGAGAUCAUUAAGGUUAUAAGGAAGACCGCAAUAAAACGUCAACACAAGCAAUUGGAUUAUGAUAGACAUCGAGCUACACUUAAGAAGCUGCAAGACAAGAAGGAGAAGAGUCUAAAGGAUGAGAAAGCCAUGUACAAGGCAGAGAAUGAUGUUGAACAAGCAACUCAAGAGUUCAAUUACUACAACGAUCUUUUGAAGGACGAGUUACCUAAACUCUUCGCUUUGGAGCGCGAGUUCAUCCGACCUCUGUUCCAGUCGUUUUACUAUAUGCAGCUUAACGUCUUUUAUACCCUACACGAGAGGAUGCAAGGAUGUGAUAUUGGAUAUUUUAAUCUUCAACUUGAUAUCGAAGAAGGUUUCGAGGCUAAACGAGGUGAUAUCCGAGAUCGGGCAGAAGCGCUUUCCAUUGUGAAGUUCAAGACGACAGGUGCCAAACGUCCACCAAAACCUCUUGCUCUCGGUGGACCUAACCGUCUUGCUAUUGAAAAUAAGCCAUCAUCUACAUCUACAGCACUGAGUGCCACUCCAAAUCGUCGCGCAUCCACUGACUUUCAAUCAUCGGAGAAGCCACCGCCACCUUACUCCUCUAUGUUAUCUCCUACCAACCCUGGAAACAGCGUGAUGCGAUCGGCUUCGACAGGUAGUUCGUGGGGAGCUGCUGCGAAAGCGAAAAAGGCGGCACCUCCGCCCCCAAAGCCGAAGCCAUCGAGGCUCAGUGGAGCACCAGCUACGGAGACUGCUACCGCAUUGUAUGAUUAUGAGGCACAAGCUGAGGGGGAUCUGAGCUUCACUGCUGGAGAGAUCCUUGAGAUUGUGACGAGAACGAGCAAUGAGAAUGAAUGGUGGAUUGGAAAGAUUCAUGGAAAACAAGGACAAUUUCCUGGUAAGUAUUUCCUGCAUCACUCGCAAUUCUCAUCCGUCAAACUAAUCCAAUAAUUCAGGAAACUAUGUCAAAGUCAAUUAGAACCAGAAGUCUGGUAACAAUAACUCUUAUCGAUACCCCUUACAUGGCAAAACUUUUGAAUCAUCAUAAUAUACUCGAGAAUCCUUUUGAAAUGCGGAUAUAGACAGUGAGGUUACACAGGUAGCAUUGUUUACUGAAACAAUGGCAUGGUCAGUAACAGACGGAGGCUCUCGGAAUUGGAGCAUGGGCGUGGGAAUUGACGGAUAAAAGGCCAAGUGUCAAGCUUAACAUGUACUUAAAUACCACAUAACUAAUACGAUUCUUACACUGCGAUCAAUAAAUUCAACCAUAUUUUC